GGGUUCUUUCCAGACCGGACAGGGUCUCCUGGGCUCCAAAGGGUUAACCCUUUUUUAUGUCUCUGAGCUGCUUAUAAAGAGCGGGAGGACAAGCCUCCGCCUUAUUGAGAACCUUUUGGGGUUUAUUCUCUUCUCUCCUAACUUGAUUAAGAAUGACGCAGAGGAUAAAGUCUUGUUGCGGUGCAAAUGUUUAUUCUCAAGUGCCUGAUGGAGGAUGGGGCUGGGUAGUGGCUGUCGCAUUUUUCGUGAUAGAAGCAUUUACAUAUGGUGUCAUUAAAUCAUUUGGUAUCUUCUUUAAUGAUAUAAGGGACACUUUUGAGGAAACCAACAGCAAAAUCUCAUGGAUAAUAUCAAUAUGCGUGUUUGUGAUAACAUUUACAGCUCCUCUGGCCACAAUAUUGACCAAUCGUUUUGGCCAUCGUCCGGUGGUGAUGGUAGGAGGAUUACUUGCCAGUUCGGGGAUAAUCCUGGCUUCCUUUUCGAAAACUGUUGUUCAUAUGUACCUCACUAUUGGAGUAAUCUGUGGUCUGGGAUUCUCCUUUAGCUUUCUCCCUACCGUCACCAUUCUGUCACUAUACUUUGAAAAAAGACGUUCCCUGGUGACUGCAGUCGCUUCUACAGGAGAAUGUUUCGCAAUGUUUGCUAGUGCACCAACCAUCACAGCAUUGAAAGAGAAGAUUGGCUGGAGACUCAGUCUCUUACUUGUUGGUGUACUUCAGUUAAGCAUGGUAGUCUGUGGAUUCCUGCUUCGACCAAUUAUAAUCAAAUCACCGGGAACACCAAAAGCACACUCAGCCGAAAAUCGGAAAGAAGUACAGUAUAUGCUUGAAAAUGAGAAAACACACACUUCAAUAGACUCCAUUGACUCAGGAGUAGAAUUAACUACCUCACCAAAAAACGUGCCUAGUCAUGCCAAUGCAGAACCUCAGCCAAAGACUGAUGCAGAAAUCCUGGUAAAGUCUGGUGAUGUAAAACCAAGGGAAAAAGCUUCAUUAUUGGACUUUUCCGUUUUGAAAGAAAAGAGUUUUAUUUGCUAUACACUUUUUGGUCUAUUCGCUACACUUGGAUUCUUUGCUCCCCCUUUAUACGUCAUUCCUCUAAGCAUCAGUCUGGGUGUUGACCCAGACCGUUCAGCUUUUACAUUAUCUGCAAUGGCAGUGGCAGAAAUCUUUGGAAGAAUUAGUGCUGGUUAUGUCCUUGAUAGAAAGCCCAUCCGUAAAGUCUAUAUUUUGCUUAUCUGUGUCAUUGUUUUGACUGUGUCUUUAUGUGCCUUUCCUUUUGCUUAUGAAUUUUGGGGUCUUAUAAUAUGCAGCACAUUCUUUGGGUUCAUGCUUGGAACAGUAGCAGGUACUCAUAUUCCUAUACUAGCUGAAGAUGAUGUAGUAGGAAUUGAGAAGAUGUCUUCUGCGGCUGGAGUCUAUGUCUGCGCUCAGAGUAUAUCAGGACUUGCUGGACCACCCCUUUCAGGUAUUCUAGUGGAUAGCACCCAAAAUUAUGCUUCAGCUUUCUACUCCUGCACAGCUGGCAUGAUAGUAGCAGCCGUUUUUCUGGCAUUUGUGAGACCAUGCAAAGUUGGACUGUGUCAGCAUCCUGUGGAUGAAACAAAGUCUGAUAGUCAGCAGUCAAAAUCUUUACAAGAUACACCUGAAGACUUUCUUGAACUGGACCUUGGAAAACAUGAAAACAAAGGCAACAAGAAAAAUGAGAUAGUAUGAUAACCGUUUUUUUCAAAUAAGAUCAAAUACUGGGUUAAUAAUACUGAGGAAAAAGUGACUCUUCCCCACUUCCAGAAACUACAUCUUCACAGGAAUGUAUAUGUGAACGGAACUAUCAACAUCUUUUUGAAAAGUUUUCUUUUUGUUUGUUUUUAAGUCAGCCAAAAAGAAACAAACAAAAAAGCUUCCAUUCAAAAUGCAGUUGUAAGUCAUUAGCUAUAUGAGGAUGUGUUAGACCUUCACAUUCCUGUUUUUAAAGAGGUGCUAUGCAUCAGUUUGGUGUUUCCACAGCUCUCUUCCCAUGCUGGUAAACUGGGAUCUUAUGAAAUAACGUAACCAUGUGACAAUGAGUAGACCACUCAAAAAAUUCUUAAACACCACUGAAAACUCAUUUUUUAGGAAAAUAGAUAGAUAAAUAUGAAUAAAAAAUUUAAAUGAUGACUUUGGUGUUUCCAUUUGACAAAACAUGGGUUCUUAUUUUUCUAAAUGAAUUAAUUUGAUGUAGAAUUUUAGAACAAAUAGUUUAUCAGUAGACUGAGGAAUUGUAAAAUAAGUAACAAUGACAACUUGAAUUGGAUAAAUGUGAAGAUUACCCCUUAUUUUUAUGGCCAGUUUUUACCAAAAUUAUUUUAAUACAAAGUACUUUUCCAGAACAGCAUUCUCAAAUAUAUUUCCUGUUGCUUUGAGUUAUUUCCUAUAUCUGUGAUUGUAGUGUCUUAAAUUUAAACCAGUAUUUAUUUUUUUUAAGUUAUUCUAAGAUGGUUAAAAACUGAUAGCUGUUAUAAGAAAUUAAGUAUGAAAAUUAGUAAAAAUGCAUUUUUACCUCCUUUCAGCUAUCCUUUCAAUGCCUCAAACAUUUGUUUUAUAAAGUUACUGUCUUGAAAACCCAGACUAUAAUGAUUUCUCAAUUUUGCUUUGGAAUGAUUUUACAUAAACUGUGCUAUUUAAAAACAGAGAAAACCCCACUUGGGCAAGAAUAGCAAACCACCUUACUAGAUGUGGUUUUAGGGUUGGGGUUUUUAAAAAAUCAUUCAUCUCCUAAAAAUACUUGAGAAUUUUCUUUGAUAAGAAUUGUAUUACACUAAAUAGUUAAGGCAUUUCUGAUUUUUUUUUUUAAUUACUGAAUUGUUGAAACAUUAAGACACUUAGGACUAUCACUGAGUUGCAAGGUGCUGUUUACAUCUUAAGACUGGGUUGUUAUUUGUUGUAUUUUUUCCAGCUCACACUACAUGUAUAGUAUUUCCCAUUUUCAAGGUGACUUAGGAAGGGAAGUGUGAAGGCAAAAGGGUGGGCUAUGCUCUUGGCUUUGAUUUAUAGAGAAUCUCACCUGGUCAGUGAUGGCCCUUGCUUGCUGCCCCCAUCUUUUAUAUAUCUCUGCUGUUAUUUUAAGACAACUCAGGGGAACAAACAAGACAAGCCUGGUUUAGUUACAGGCACAUACACAGCUGCAUAUAAAGUGGCAUCACUCAUCACUUGCUAUGUUUUGUACAGCAUUUUAUCAGCAAUAGAUAUACUGGACAAUCUGUAAAAUUGUGUGGGACUUGGGAGGGGGUAGAUGGGAAUGUAAAUGCCCCCCAAAACAGGCACUCUUAACAAUAAAUAAAGUGGAUAUAGCAAUUCUGUCUCUGCUUGAGAAAAA